AUGAGAAAGGAUAAUCGAAGUUGUGUGUCUGAAUUCAUUCUCCUGGGACUUCCCAUCCAGCAGGAAGAACAAGGCUUGUACUAUGCACUGUUCCUGGCCAUGUAUCUCAUUAUGGUGCUGGGGAACCUGCUCAUCAUCCUGCUCAUCAGGCUGGACUCCCGCCUCCACACUCCCAUGUACUUCUUCCUCAGCCACUUGGCUUUCACGGACAUCUCCUUCUCCUCUGUCACAGCACCAAAGAUGCUCAUGAGCAUGCUGACACAGAGCGGAUCCAUCCCCUAUGCUGGGUGCAUUGCCCAGGAAUUCUUUUUCUUAUUAUUUGGGGGUAUUGACAGCUUCCUCCUCACCUCAAUGGCCUACGACAGAUAUGUGGCCAUUUGUCACCCACUUCACUACAACACCAUCAUGAGUCACGGCCUUUGUUGCUUGCUGGUAAUUUUGUCAUGGGUUUUGUCCUCUGCCAGUGCCCUGGUACACACCCUACUCCUCUCUGAUCUCUCUUUCUGUAGAGACAACACUCUCAUGAGAAGGGGUAAUGGAAGCACAUUCUCCGAGUUCAUCCUCCUGGGGCUCCCCAUCAGGCCAGAGGAGCAAGGCCAGUUCUAUGCCCUUUUCCUGGCCAUGUACCUGACCACCGUGCUGGGGAACCUGCUCAUCAUCCUGCUCAUCAGGCUGGACUCCCGCCUCCACACCCCCAUGUACUUCUUCCUCAGCCACUUGGCUUUCACCGACAUCUCUUUCUCCUCUGUCACAGCACCAAAGAUGCUCAUGAACAUGCUGACACAGAGCCGGUCCAUCUCAUAUGCUGGUUGCAUUUCCCAGGUGUAUUUUUUCUUAUUUUUUGCAGAUCUCGACAGCUUCCUCCUCACUUCGAUGGCCUACGACAGGUAUGUGGCCAUCUGUCACCCCUUGCACUACACCACCAUCAUGAGUCAGAGCAUCUGCUUCCUGUUAGUGACAGGCUCCUGGGUUUUGUCCUUUGCAGGAGCCCUUGUACACACCCUCCUUCUCGCCCGUCUUUCUUUCUUUAUAGACAACACUCUCCACCACUUCUUCUGUGACCUCUCAGCCUUGAUUAAACUAUCCAGCUCAGAUACCACUGUCAAUGAGCUGGUUAUCCUCAUUGUAGGAUCAUUGGUCAUUACCCUACCAUUUGUAUGCAUUCUGGUCUCUUAUGGCCGCAUUGGGGCCACCAUCUUGAAAACUCCCUCCCUGAAGGGAAUCUGCAAAGCCCUGUCCACAUGUGGCUCUCACCUCUCUGUGGUUUCUCUGUACUAUGGAGCAAUUAUUGGGCUCUACUUUGUCCCCUCAUCCAACAACACGAAUGACAAGGAUGUCAUUGUGGCUGUGAUGUACACGCUGGUCACGCCCAUGCUAAACCCCUUCAUCUACAGCCUGAGGAAUCGAGAUAUGAAAGGAGCUCUGAAAAGUAUCCUCAGGAGAGGAACCUUUUCAGUGUAG